CCGAACCCGACCCGGACAGUCAUCACCGUUGGGUUCGGAUCAUCCCCCAACAUCUACAAAACAUCCCCGUUUUAUUAUUCGGGCUUCCUAACCUAUAUUUUCUCGACCGCCCGAUUAUAAUCAAACGGACCGGAUUAGUCCGUACCCAGUCCCCUACCUAUAUAAUCAGACCGAACCCUAAUUUCUAGGAAGCUGUCCCAUCCAUCCUUCCGCCGCCGCCACACUUAAAUCCCACCUCGGGAUCCUCCCAGAUCUGUUUCUCUUUGCGUCGUGGAUCCCCUUUGCCUUGCUUGAGCUCGCCAGGGAGCAGAGCACCACGGCGCCCCGAUUUUCUCGCGCCCCCACUCGAACCAGGAGCCAGAGCUCGUCCACGCGCUGGCCAGCAGCAGUGCGCCCCGCCUUGACUCGCCAUGGAGACCACCGCGGGCUUCGACGCUGCCGUCCUCGUGCUGCAUCGCCGCCGAUGCCCGUGUCUUCGAACGUCGCUGCCUCCUCUGCUUCAGACCAACGCGCCGGCCGCUGGAUCCGAACCCCGCCGUCCUCGUCUGUCGCGCCGCCGGCAACCACCAGAUCAGUUCCCCGCCACGCCGUUUCCUCGCCACCGAACCGCCAUGGCCGCCCGAUGGAGCUCGCCGCCGUGCCUCCUCCGGCUAGAUCUAGGCUGGAGCUACCUGGAUCCGCCGCCCUCGCAUCCAUCCCCAUCGUCUGCCGGAAUGCCCCGCCGUCGAUGCGCCACCCCCCCCCCCACCGGUCGUCGCCGUUCCUGCCUGCCAGCGUGUGCGCAUGCGAGCACAGGCACGUCUCCCGCGCGUGGGCCUCGGCCCACCGCUCGCGUUGAACUCAGCCUCCCAAGGCCCAACAGCCUCCAGCCGGGCCAAGGCCCGAUGUGAGCUUUCCCCUCCAGAUCCCUGUUCUUCUUGGGCCGGCCUCUGUUUCAGCCCGUCAUGUGUUUUUUUUUCAGCGCCUGAAUUUUUCCUAUUAUUCCUGAGACUGCCAGUUUUACAGUUUAGUCCCCCUAGUUCAUGCAUUUACUAACUCACAAACCGUGCAUCGGAUUAAAAUGUUUUAUAUAUGAAACUUGCUCAGAAUUUUGUGUAGAUUAAUAAUAUCCAACUUUCAUCUAUGUUUGAGAUGAUAAAAAUGCUGUUUGCAUUAAUUUGCUCCUAUGCCAUGCUAAAAUGCUUUAUUUCAUAACUAAAUAACCGUAACUCCAAUUUUAAUAAACUUUAUAUGUAAAUGGGGUAGAAUUUUGCCUAGUUUAACAU